CCCCCCCCCAAGUGCCGUAUCAUUGCGACACCUCUCAACCCCCAUUCCUCCAUCGCUUUCGUUAUCUCAUCUUUUCUCCACGACUAUGCCAAUUUGGCCUACAAUUUCUGCCUAUUAAUCGCCAGAUUUUCCACUUCACACCCUGCCAGCGUAGCUUGGGUACCACCUGCCAGCUCACUGCCCUUAUCGCUGCUUGCGUGACGUCUCAGGAGACGAAGAACCAACCAACAAACGCAUCGUGAUUCCGAAUAGUUGAGGAAUUCACCUGAUUUCUACUGUCGCAAUCGGUGCUCUUCAGUCACAUUGAUACUUUAUUCUCUCUCUUUCUAUCCCAUCACCUUUUAUCGUGAUUUCUUAUCUACGUCAUCCGCUCACCGCAUAUCUGGCCCCAGAUGAAGUUCCUUCCUUUGCCCGAAUUUGAGGACGUGACGAGCUCGCUGAAUUUCGACACCGCCGACUGUCAUAUCGUUGGCGGCUGUGACCUAUAUACCACCAAGGCCGCCCGAGCGGAUCGGAAGUUGUACAGGAAUAUUGAGCAAUCCUUGGAGUCCCAAUAUGAAUCCGUGCUUCGCCUGUCGGCUUCGUUGUCGCCGCCCAAUGCAUCCGACGCGGCCGCGUCGCUCAAUCUGUCCCGCUCCAGUCCCUUUGGCCCCCUGAGCGACCACUCCAGCCGUCGAACCUUUGCAUACUUGAUCGCAACAUUAAAUGCCAGCCAUCCCGACUACGACUUCUCACAUGUGUUGCGCCCGUCUGAUUUCCACCGCGAGCGCAAUCUCAAGAGGGUCAUGAACACGAUCGACUCCACAUUGUUCAACCUGCGACCGCGCGAAGCGAUUGACCUGACACCCCCAUCGCCUGUGACCGUCUCUGGAUCAUACAACGCGGGUGCAUCUGCUACAUGGGGACCAAAAAUGUGGGGAGUCAUUAAUGAGCAUAUGUCGCUGAAAGAGUGCUCAUUGUAUUCCUACUCGCCGGAGGAGGAUCCGUCGGACGCCGAUGACGGAGCGAUCUGGAGUCUCCACUAUUUCUUCUUCAACCGGCUUCGCAAGCGGGUCUGCUAUCUUUAUCUCCGAGCUAUUCCGAUCCUGAGUCAUACCCCCAGUGAGGGAGUGGCUACACCUACGACGAAGCGCACGUAUGAUGACGGAUACUUGACCCCCGAACUCAGCUCUAGCAAGCGGGCUCGCUAUUGGCUGGGCGAAGGCGUCGAGCUCGACAGUGAAAGUGACGAGGAGGAUCUUUCGAAGUCGCAUCAUGCUGGAGACGAGUACGAUCCAUAUGUGCUCAGUGACGAGGAGUUCCGAUCCCGGUCCGGUAGUAAAGGGACCGUUCGGGCGAUGAGCGAGGAAAUCGCCGACUCGAUGGAAGUCUGAUGUGCUUUGCUGAUAUUGACCGCACUUCCGCAGCCUUUUGCGCUGCUUCUGAUUCUUCAACCUUGAACAUGUUCGGCUUGCCACUCGAUUCUCUUUCACUAUGUUCGGCCAAACGCGUUUUGUGUGUUUCGGCGUUUGUUUUGUUACUGCAUUCAACCUGCAUUUACAUAGGCUAGGGGCGUUAUAAUUGGCGAAGGAACGGAUCUGGCCCCUAAUAUCUUGCGAACGGCCGUUAUGAUGAUGACAACUAUCAGGCACUGCGUGGCCCGGCGCGGCGCGAAGGGCAGGCUCCACGCCGGCAUUCCUAUGGUCUUAAUGUUCAAUUCGUGUAUCUAAUAUAAAUUGACUUGCGUUGAUGGG